ACACAUGUAAAAUCUCUACAAUCCCAUGCCAUGGCACACCUUAUGUUACUUGUCUUUUACAUUUUGAUCAGUAUUAUCUCCCUUCCAUUCCCUGGGGAUGCCAUUUCUAAUUGCAAUGGUCCAUGUAACACCCUAAAUGAUUGCGCCGGUCAGCUAAUCUGCAUUAACGGAAAGUGCAACGAUGACCCUGACGUCGGAACCCAUAUAUGUAGUAGCGGAGGAACCCCUUCCCCUUCUAACAAUUGUAUGCCCUACGGCACUCUUAUGUGCCAGGGCAAACGCUACCCUACUUAUUCUUGCUCCCCUCCGAUCUCCGCAUCCACACCGGCCAAACUUACCCUAAAUGAUUUCAGUCAAGGAGGGGAUGGUGGGGGUCCAUCGGAAUGCGACGAUCAAUUCCAUAGCAACACGGAACGCAUUGUUGCGUUGUCCACCGGAUGGUUUGCUAGAAAAUCACGGUGUCUUAAGAUGAUACGUAUUCAGGCUAGUAAUGGGAGAAGCGUGAUAGCAAAGGUGGUGGACGAGUGUGACUCGACUCGUGGUUGUGAUGAGGAGCAUGCAGGUCAGCCACCAUGCCCUAACAACAUUGUUGAUGGAUCAGAUGCUGUGUGGAAAGCUUUAGGCCUGAAUCAGGACUUGGGUGUAGUGGACGUUACUUGGUCCAUGGCCUAGGUGUGUGGUCCUGUUAAUGAAAUGUAUGGUUGUCCUAUGCUCUUUUUUUUUACAUAUGCUUUGUGAAAUAAGGACUCGAAUGUAUGACUGUCCUAUCGCUCUAUUAUCUUGUAAGGUAUACUAUAGUUGAUUAGUGUGUUUUGAAAUCUAUGUACCAUCAAGGUGUGAUAAAUGCAUUACCUACGUAUAAUAAAAUGGACGGAAGACUGUUAGAUCCAAGUGCCUAUUUUGAUGUAUGGUUUAUGGUGCGCUUUUGUGUGCAUGAAAUCAAACGAGACCGGCUUAAUUCGAGACCUAUGUGGGUUUGUGAGGAUUUAUUAUGUACAACAUGUCAAUACUAGGGCUAAUUUGUAA